AUGAGCAUCCGCACGUACGUCCUGAACGACCUCUCCGCGGAGGAGCGGGUCGAGAUCUUGAAGCGCCCGCGCGUGGACUUCUCCUCCAUCCUCGGCACGGUCGCGCCGAUCGUGGACGCGGUCGCGACGAGAGGCGAUGACGCGGUGCGAGAGUACACGUCCAAGUUCGACGGCGUCGACCUCGAGGACGUCGUCGUGCGCGUGAGCGACCUCCCGGACCCGGUUCUCGAGGACGACGUGCGCGCCGCGUUCGACGUCGCGUACGAGAACAUUCACAAGUUCCACGCCGCGCAGAAAGAGCUCGCGGACGUGGACGUGGAGACGAUGCCGGGGGUGCGGUGCCGCAGAGUGUCGCGGCCGAUCGGCGCCGUCGGUCUGUACGUCCCCGGUGGGACCGCGGUGCUGCCGUCCACGGCGUUGAUGCUCGCGGUGCCGGCGGCCAUCGCCGGGUGUAAAUCCAUCGUCCUCGCGACGCCGCCGAUGAAGAACGGGGAGAUCGUCCCGGAGGUUUUGUACGUCGCGAAGAAAGCGGGGGUGACGCACAUCUUGAAAGCCGGCGGCGCGCAGGCCGUGGCCGCGAUGGGCCACGGCACGGAGACGUGCCCCAAGGUGGAUAAGAUCUUCGGACCCGGGAAUCAAUUCGUCACCGCGGCGAAGAUGACGCUGCAGAACAGCGAGGCGAUGGUGUCCAUCGACAUGCCCGCGGGGCCGUCCGAGGUGCUCGUGAUGUGCGACAAGGACGCUAACCACGACCACGUCGCCGCGGACUUGUUGUCGCAGGCCGAACACGGGCCGGACUCGCAGGUUGUCCUCGUCGUGACCCCGGACGUCGACCUCGACGGCAUCUGCGCCGCGGUGUCCAAACAAGCCGCAGCGCUGCCCAGAGCGGAGAUCACCGCGAAGGCGCUGACGCACUCGUACGCGGUCGUCGUGGACGAUCUCGCGGCGGCGUGCGCGUUUAGCAACUCCUACGCCCCGGAGCAUCUCAUCGUGAACGUGGAAAACGCGGAGGCGCUGCUCCCGGAUUUGGACAACGCCGGGUCGAUCUUCUUGGGGCGGUACACCCCCGAGAGCGUCGGCGACUACGCGAGCGGGACGAACCACGUGUUGCCGACGUACGGGUACUCGCGGAUGUACAGCGGCGUGAGCUUGGACUCGUUCGUGAAGUACAUGACCGUCCAGGAGCUCACGAAGGAGGGGUUGGACGUCCUCGGCCCGUCCGUCGCGACGAUGGCCGCGGUGGAGGGGUUGGAGGCGCACAGGCUCGCGGUGACGCUUCGCCUGGGGAUCGAGUGA